AUGCCUCCCAAGAAGAGAGUCGAACGCGGUGCCACCGAGAACAUCUCGCUUGGCCCUCAAGUCCGCGAAGGUGAACUCGUUUUCGGUGUCGCACGUAUCUUCGCAUCCUUCAACGAUACAUUCGUCCAUGUCACCGAUCUCUCUGGCCGCGAAACCAUCUGCCGUGUGACUGGAGGCAUGAAAGUCAAGGCCGACCGUGACGAGUCCUCCCCAUACGCAGCCAUGUUGGCCGCACAGGACGUUGCUCAGCGAUGCAAGGAACUCGGCAUCAACGCCCUGCACAUCAAGAUCCGCGCCACUGGCGGAAACGGCACCAAGACCCCCGGCCCAGGUGCUCAAUCAGCUCUCCGUGCCCUGGCCCGUUCGGGAAUGAGAAUUGGAAGAAUCGAGGAUGUCACACCCACACCUUCCGACAGCACAAGACGCAAGGGUGGUCGCCGUGGUCGUCGUCUGUGA